GUUUUGGGCUUUUUGUUACUUCACUGUGGUCUUGUGGUGCGCGAUACUCGUAAAAACAGCAAAGCAGCAGAGUACUGGUGAGGUUUUUGAAUCUGUUACGUCGCGAUGGACCGUUCAAUUUUGACAGUAUCGUCUAACAACGCAAUCUCACCGAAUUGUUUGAAACUUGUUAAGGCUUCUUCUGAUGACCGUGAUGCCAGGACCAUAACUUCUAGGAUGGGCAUGACUGUCCCUGAAUUCAUGGACGUUUUGGGUUAUUCUUCGAGUACAACCGAUCAAAAUAACUGCAAUUCAAGUAGUUUGGUAUGGCCCAAACAUACGGAGUUAGAGGUCAGAGACCCAUGGUCGGCAGUUUAUCAAUACGAGCCUACUGACAUCAGCUGGUGCAUUCGUUUUAAAGCCCUAGGGUGUUACAAUUUUGUCCCACCUCCCUUCACAAAUAGAUCAUAUAAAGUGCCAGAAACUCCGAUACCAGCCCCCGAUGUUAACAAAAACUUAACUAAAGUUGACCAGGUAUCUCCCAACAGUAGGACAUUUCAAACUCUCCAAAGGAUACGUUCAUCAGCAGAUAAAGAUAAAUCAAGUCUGCCUUCAGAAACUAUUACAUUAGCUGAGCGUCACAAGCUUUGGGAAGAUCUGUUGUUAUCGGAUAGCGAAGAAGAAAAUGAAGAGAAACCAAGAUUAUCAUCAUUAAAAACAUCCUCUAAACUUAUUACUCUAGAGACACCAGUGGAUGAUGGCGAUAUUUCAAGUAAACCAGAUGAUCAGAACACGUUAAAGAGUUUUCCUAUUCUCAAUCAUGCAAUACGUCCACCACCACCUUUCGUCAGCCCACUUUCCAUUCUAAAUGGUGACUGUUCUGUAGCAGAAUCUCCUAUUCCAGUAACGGAAAAUGGGCCUGUGGAAUUCUCGCGAAUUAGUGUUGCUAAUCAACAAGGUUCAUUCGACCCGAAAGUGUCUGUUCAGCAUAUUCCAGACGUCCCGACUGAGUCUGUUAUAAGCAAAUCUGAAAAGUCAAUGUGCUUAUCUGCAAGUCAAUCGCCUUCUACAACUACAGCCAAUCCAUCACGACGACAUCUUACGGAUGACCUAACAGUAUCAAUUCCAACAAACGUUCCAAGCGAUUAUAACGAUUUUACGAGCAAGUCGACAACAGUUACAAGUAUUACAACUCCAAAAUUAACAGUGAUGCCUAAGCCAGUUUCAGUCCUGAGUGGUAAAUUUAAUUCCAAUCAUGACAGCGUAAUUAAGCCACGUACUGAUCCAAUAACAAAUACAGCAGACGAAUAUUGCAGUGAGCAUUAUAAGCGCCCCGAAGCCAACAAGAAUUUCAUUCAACGUUUGCUCUUAGAAUCAGGGCAAUUUCUAACUCAGAAAGACUGUCUUAUUACAGAGCUUAGCCCCAUCCACCACAAUGAAUCUGUUAGUAUAUCUACAAAACCAUCUCAACCAGAAAGAGAAAAAUCUGUGUUUACUGAACAAAAGUCAGAAAACGCAACUAAUUCCCUUAUUACCAAUCGAACACCAUCAGAUGAUUCGAAUUUAAAAAGUGAUUGCAAACCAUCACAUGAAUGUACUCGAUCAGAUAAUAAGAAUAUAACACCUCAAAAAUCAAAAAUAAUAGACCACCAGUCGUCAUUCCAGGCAAGCUGUAGAAAGGAUGCUGAAAAAGCAGAUGCUCGAAUCGAAAAUAAAACUUCUAAACUUAAUUCUACUUUUUUCUCUCAGGAAGGAUUGAAAGAAUCACCCACUAACCGUGAUUCUCUUUCGAGUUUUUCAGGUCUUAAUGAUGAGUACGUCUCACCUAUUGCGAACGUAAAUACUGGAUCGGUGAAACCUAAAGACAAACUGGAGAAGGUGCUCAACUUAUCAAAUAAUAUUACAUCCACAGAAAGAAAGACGAGUACUAAUGAUAUACAAAGUGUUGUUGUAAAUAUGGAUGUGUCUCAUACCGAUAUGAAUAGUUUUAAUAGUAUGCCGCCACCAACCCACGAUUCUACUGGUAAGAAGCUAAAAAGGCGUUCAAAAUGCAGUUCAAAACUUAAAAUAUCCAAGGAGUCAUUUACUGCAUCCAGUUCUGAGUUAUCAUCUUUAACUCAUGAACAACCACAAAAUGAUUCUGAUAUGAAAAACGACAUCGACGGCUCUAUUUGCCUAGUUCAGGAUACUGAGGAUAUAUAUCCCCUUCGUGAUGUCCCAUCUGACCGUUGGAUAUUUUCUGACUUAACCGUUACCAAAGUUCGUAAUAAAAUACAACAGUCUUUCUCGCUUGCUAAGAAUGAGGAGGUUCCCGUUAAUCUAUCGUCAUCCGACUGUCAUUUGAUUAAGAAAAUGAGAGAUAUUUUACUGAGUGCUGUCGAAGAUGACAGUCCAAUCAUCUCCAAGAUCAAUCAAAGUAGACGUAAUCGUCCCCGAUCACUUAUGGGCAUUUUACUUGUCCCACCACCCAGUUCUUUCAGUGUAUCAUCUAAAACGAGGGUAUCACCUCAUCUAUCAGAAGAACCUUCGUCUCAUAAGAGUUAUCAUGAUAUUUGCACAAUGACAUCGCCUCAUCUUAAUCAGACUACCAUCUUAAAUGAUGCAGAUAUUCAGUGUGAUAUAUGGCCUAGCAGUAAUAAUAAUAAUUUGAUAUCUAGUCGUUUUGUUUCACAGUCUUCCAGUAGCAUCAUUAGCACUCCUACUCAAAAGCCUCUAGGUACUGUACCUCCGAUUCUCCGUGAUCCAGUCUGUGAUCUUACCAGCUUGUCAUCAAAUAUUACUCAGAAUUUACCGCAGUUAAAUGGUCAGUCGCUCCCUUGUAUAAAUCUCUCUGACAGUUUGCUUUUUAUUGAGGAACAGUUUGGCAGGAUCAUCAAACAGGAGGAUGAAAAACUACAGAAUAGUAAUGCAUCAACUGAAAUAUUCAAAGCAGAAGAAUGCAAGCUUGAAGCAUCUAAGUGUUGGAAAUCGUUAGUUAGUGCUGUAUCCUCUUGUUCUCGUGAUAGUUCUGGUGAAGCACCAAAUCGUUCACAAAUGCUCCUUAAUUUACAAUCACUUCAUGAAUACCCAGUACAAAUGACCCGAUCAGUAAAACACUAUUUAGCUGCUGCAUACAUCUUUGAAUCGAAAAAUGAAAUACUUAAGGCUGCUGAUAUGCUUACUGAAGCAGCUAACCAAAUUCAACAUUGUGUUCGUCGAAUGCAUCGAGUUGAAGCAAAGUUAACUAAACGUCGUAGUCAUCGAACUGAAGUAGAGAAUUCUCCUGAUCUAAAUGAAUUAACAGUGAAAGUUAAACGCGAUGCUAGUUGGAUGUACUUAUGGUAUUAUGUUUUAAUGCGAAUCAAGGCUGCCGUUGGAUUUCAUACAUAUCGCCUAAGAUUGCAGUUAAUUGAUACUCUACGUGAAGAGAUCGAUGCAAAUCUUUCAGUAGUAAAACAGCACAUUCCUAGCUUGACUGGUAGUAUCGGUUUGCCAAAAGUUUCAGAUAGUCCUUCCUCAUCAAAAGUAUCUUCAAUCAAAUCGAAAGUUACAUCUAAUUCGUCUUCUGAAACUGAUGAUUUGAAGAUAUUGGAAUCUUUAGUUGCUCAGUUUGUUCGCUUUAAUCAGUUGACAUCAUGUGUACAUAGUGCAAUGAUAGAAUGGCAGCAAGCUGAUGAACUAGUCACAAAAGUUCCAUAUUUAAAAUCACCCGUUGGACGUAAAUCAGAGGGUUCAACUGAAGUUGCAGGUUACACUUCGUUUUCAGGACAUCUGAGACCAAUCCAUUCCGUAGAUAUUGACAUUGCUAGCGCAUCAGAAGGAGCAUAUAUUAAUACUUCGCAAAUUCCUAUCCUAGUAUUGUUACGUUAUAUGGACGGAAUUUUUCAUGUUCAUCCACUUAUUAUUGACCAGUUAAAAUAUCCCUCUGGACAAGAAUCAGUUCAAUCUAUUUCGCUGAAAAAUAAUAGUUUAAGUGAAAUACGGAAUUCCACCUCUGUUUCACAAGAACAAAAGCUUCCCAACUCAAAUCCCACCUUGAUAACUGAUUCAACUCCCCUUACUGGCAUGGCCUUGUCGACGGUCAGUAAGACUCCCAACAAACAACGACAAGAACCAGAUAAUAUUGCUCAAUCGAAAUUUGAAAAUACUGUAGCUAAUAACAUUAAUAUUCAUUCGGAACCUCCUAGUUCUCAUGGCAUCAGUGAGCGGCUUUUGAAAAAGAAAUCUCACAAUAAACACUCUUCUGGUGUUAAUCCAUCGCCAAAUUUAGUUGCUUCGUCUGUAGUGAAACGCUUCACACCUCAUCAUUCCAAUGCAUUAGACGAAAACUGCUCUGAUGCUUCCAUACCUUCCUCUAAGCAUGACAUAUCUAAUGCUCCUAAACGAAAAUCCAAAAGACGACGUUUACUACAAUGUAACGAGUCAACAGACACAUUACCCUUACCUAUAGAUGCAUCGUCAACCAAUACAGAUACCGAUUUGGAUAGUUAUGGUCGAUCAACUACUCUUGGUAAGUGCAAUGAAUCACCUGGAAAAAAAUCCAAUAAGUCUAAAACUAUACAUAAAUUAAAUAAUCCUGAAUCAGGAUGCUUUGGAAAUCAGAAACCUGAUUGUAUCGACAACUCAAGUUCAGUGGAACGUAAGCUACAUGUAGACGAUCAUUUAUUUUCAAAGAAGAAAUCAAAACGAUCGCAUACACACUCGAAACGUUCUAAACUUAAUUGUGAUGUUGUUUCACAUCCUUGUAGAAUUAUUGCUUCUGAUGAUCAGUCGCCCAGUACUUCUCCUCCUCCAUCAAGAAAGUUUUGUCGCAGCAGGAGUGUAGCACCUACUGCACCGAAAUCUAGCAGUCACGUCAGCACACUGUCAAACGUACCUAAUCUAAACUGUCCUGUUUCAGUGGAAGAUAAUACUUAUCAACCAAAAAGGAUUAAACCAUCGCAUUCUAAAGUACAUGGAAGACGUAUUUCUGAUUCACCUGAUUCUGACUCUUUUCCGACACCGACCUAUAAACCAUCAGUCCCCGUCGACCCCCCAGAUGCAAUUAACAGGCAUAAUCAACGUCGCCGUUCUCGUUCAGUUCAUCUUUCAUCGCCAAGGCAAAAAAAUGCAUCACUUGAAGAGGUCUCAAACAAUGCUAACGUAUCUGAGUUGUCACAAGACUCUAUCGGUUAUAGUCCAACCAAAAGAAGUCUUAUAAAUGGUGGCUCUUCAAAUAUAUCACAAGCAAACAAUUUGCCAGUUUACCGUGUUUCUCAUAUUUCCCCAAGCCCACCAACUAAAUCACAACACAAAAACGGAUCUAGUAAAAGUCAUAAUGACUUAGUUCGGUCUAAAACCUCUCACCAUUCCAACUCUAAAUCACAAUCAUCAAUUGUUAAAUCAUCAUCUGAAGUUCCAUCCUUCUACGCUCGUUGGAUCAAAGAGCCAUCCAAUACUGAUCGAUAUCCUACUACUUCAUCAAAUAAUUAUAGUAACAGCAAAAAGUAUCAAUCACAGUGGUAGCUUGUAUAUUGAGAGAUAUAGUCCCUCUUUCAAAUCUAGAAAUGUUAAUAUUAAUAUAAUUGUAAACCUAACUUUUGAAAAUUAUCGGUCUUUCAUUACAUAACAUUAUGUCAUGUUGUGAAUUGUAUUUUACUGAGUACGCACUCUAAAUUAACUCUUUUCUACUCCAAUUAUUUUCUGUUUUGAAUGGUAAAUUUCACCUGUAUCUUACAAUUUCUUUCUAAAUGUAUGAUGUAAAUCUUUUUGUUUGUCCUUUAAUAAUGGCUUUAUCGAUCCACUAUCAGAAGUCAUCAGGUACACUACAAUAACUGCCGCAUUUGAUAAUUCGAAGUACAUUAAUUUAAAUUGACUAAAUAAUUAUGUAACCGAAUUGCUAUACUGAUGAUGAUGAAAAAAAAUUUUUUUUUGUUACUACUGCCCUGUUUGCCUUAUCCUUCAUGAUACACAGAAUACUUUACAAAAUAUACAUUUAUAUUUAUUAUUUGGCUUGAUCGGACGCCUUAUUUUAGUGUUUCAAUUCUUUAUACUAAUGUAACAAGGAUACUGUAUACACACACACACACACACAUGUCUUGCUCCUUGUACACAAUUAUUUUCUAACGUGUUUUCGAUUCAGUGAUAAAAUCAGGGUUGUUUUCCUUAUUUCCCUUGUGUCCUUACUUUUUCCACUGUUUUUUUUUUAAAUAUCUUCUUUCUUGGAUUGUUUUUUUCCCCACGUGUUUCAGUGUAACUUUUCCUCACUAAGAUUAUGUCGAUAAAAGACUGGUUGAAAUAAAUGAAGAUUAAAUAACAAACUACUAUACAUAUAUUUUCUUAUCUUUUCUUUUUAUUAUUAUUAUUCUUUACUGCUUAUUUCUUUAAAAAAUUAUUUUGUAGUACAAAUAAGUUGGAAUAAAAGUGAACGAUAUUCUAUUUGAUUUAAAAA